AUGCUACCGGAUUCCUUCAAGAACCGGUUGAUCCAAUGGCUGGAGGACCACAGGGAGUUCGUGGUGGCAGUGUUCUGUCUGCCGGCGAGCUUUAUAUUCACCAUACUGAUGAGAGUGAAAGCAUACCUGCGGUGGCUCACCAGCGACCCUCAGAGACAUGACAGCGCCGUCAGGCUGAUUCAGAGUCAGGUACAACAAUGGAACAAGCUGUCUCCAAAAGACCGGCGACUGCUCUGCACCUCGCGACCGAACUGGCUGUCACUGUCUACGACCUUCUUCCAGAAACACCUGCAUCAUCGGGUUCCUAUACCUCUGUACGAUAUUCUAGAGCUGAACGAGGAAGCCAUGACAGUUAGGGUCGAACCUAUGGUCACCAUAGGAGAUAUUACCGAGUUCCUCAUUCCUAAAGGGUAUUCGCUGGCAGUCACUAUUGAGCUGGUGGAUGCUACUUUAGGAGGUUUGGCAUUCGGCACAGGAAUGUCGACUCACUCCCAUAAAGCAGGACUCUACCACGAGACCAUCACAAGCUACGAAGUGGUCCUAGGUGACGGGUCACUCGUCACCGCCACCGCAGACAACGAGCACGCCGACCUUUACAAGGCCCUUCCUUGGUGCCACGGCAGCCUCGGCUUCCUCGUCGCUUUGACGCUCAAAAUCGUCAAAAUAAAACCCUACAUCAAAAUCAAGUACAUCCCAGUCAAAGGACAGAAGAAAUACUGCGACAUGAUUCGUGAACUUUCUGGAACUUACGAAGCUAAACCGAAGGUGUUCCCCGAUUACAUCGAGGGCACGAUAUACAACAAAGACGAGGCUGUCAUCAUGGUCGGCGACUAUGCCGACUAUGACCCAAAAAUACCAGUGAACAGCUGUUCCAAGUGGUACAAGCCCUGGUUCUACAAGCACGUGGAAACAUUUUUGGAGAAAGGAGAGGCUGAGGAGUUGAUACCUUUGAGAGACUACCUACUGAGACAUAACAGAGCUAUAUUCUGGGUGGUGGAAGACAUGUUGUCGUUUGGGAAUGACACGUUGUUCCGGUAUUUGUUCGGAUGGCUCCUGCCUCCGAAGCCUGCCUUCCUAAAGUUCACCACAACUCCUGGAGUACGAGCCUACACGUUCACCAAGCAAGUCUUCCAGGAUAUUGUCCUGCCGAUCAAAGAGCUUGAAAGACAGAUCGAGAUAGCGAGCGUGCUGUUCGAGAAGUUCCCUCUACUAGUGUAUCCUUGCAAAAUUAUUGACCACGGUCCAUCGUCUGGUCAACUGAAAAGGCCUGACGCGAAGUAUUUGGUUCCAGGAACUAACUACGCGAUGUAUAAUGACUUGGGAGUAUAUGGGGUGCCGGGGAGGGUGAAGGAGAAGAAGCCUUACAACCCUGUGACCGCUAUGAGGAAGAUGGAGGAGUUCACGAGGGAAGUGGGAGGUUACUCGUUCCUCUACGCUGACAUCUUCAUGACUCGCGAAGAAUUCGAAGUAAUGUUUGACCUGUCACUGUAUGAACAAGUCCGGAAGAAGUACUACGCUAAUGGCGCGUUCCCACACUUGUAUGACAAGGUCAAGCCCGAGAUCAAUGUGUUCGAGAUUGGAGAGAGCAAUGCUAUUGGUUAA